AGCUUAGCUGUGAUUGAAGGUACUUCUUUAAAAACCCAUCAGCUUCGUUCUGCGAUAACGUCACCCACUAAACCUUCAUAUCCGCGGUAGAUCGACCAGCAAUCUGCAUCUCUAUCCAUUUCGUACCCUCACGGUUUCCGUCUGCUCGUUCAUCAGGAGCGUUUCAGACUUACGCAGUCAAAAGUCCGAGUCCUCUCAGCUUGUAUAUUGCCUACACUGGGGAAAAUUGAAAAUUUGUACGUUUAGACGGCGCACUGAGAGAAUUGUCUGAGUGCGCAAGUAUCACACCAAGACGCACCAAGACGCACCAAGAUGAAGGUGCUCAUAACAGGCGCUACUGGCACGAUCGGCUCCGCAAUCCUAAGACAUUGCCUUCAAGAGCCAUCCAUAACCUCGAUCGUCGCGCUCUCCCGCCGAGCCCUUCCCCAAGACAUCUCUUCCCCAAAACUCAGCACAAUCCUCGUUUCUGACUUCGCAAACUACGACGCCGCACUCCUCUCGAAGAUAGCCUCCGCGGACGCAGCGAUAUGGGCAAUGGGUACCACAGACGCGAAUCACGAAGUCAAUGUCAUCUAUCCGCACACGUUCUUCACGACAUUCCUAGAUGCGCGCAAGAACUCUGAACACCGAUCUAAGCGCUUUCGCUACAUUCGUAUCAACGGUGCGUUCACAGUAAGCGACCAGGACCGUUCCUUGUGGUUUUUCUCCGAGCCCAGGAAAUUGCAUGGGAUGUCUGAAGCUAGGACUCUGGAGCUGGGCAAGCAGUACCGCGAUGUGUGCCAGACUUUUGUGGUGAAGCCAGGAGGAGUAGCAACAUCAGGGGCGGGGGUUAUGGAGUGUGCUGGGAAAUUGUUUGGGGACGGAGCGGUGAUAGGUGCUGAGACACUGGGAGCUUUCGUGGCGGAUCUCGUCGUUCAUGGGGAGGAGGAAGAAGGUGCAAUCUUCAAUAAGAGGAUGGUGGAGAAAGGGUCGGCGCUGCUAAAGGGGAACAAGUGAAGCAGGAUCAGACUGAAUUCUGUAGGAGUGGUUUGUCAGCACGGGGCCCAUAUCAAACUAUUUUCCAUCAAC